CGACAUUAUAAAUUUUACAUUUACACUUUUUAAACAUUGUUUUAUUCUAAUGUGUAACGUAUCGUUAGGAUUUUACCACGUUUUUACACCUUUUUCACAACACCCGUUUUUACACCUUAAUUUACAAUUUACAUACUCCAUACCGUAGUACUAAUUGGCAUCAGUUUCACAUAUUUUAACGCUUUGAGCUGGAAAAUGUGUAUUUUACCCCGUUAUGCCCCUAGAAACUACUUAAAUAAUCUUAAUUUCUCGAAUGUGAUAUGAUUCUUUCGAUUAAUUAUUUAAAAAAAUUGGUUUUAACCUUGGGUUUUCUGUUAAAUUUGGAGUUUUCCAGCACUUUGGAGCAUUUUAAACUUCCGCUUAUUUUCUACGGGUUACCCGGACGAAAUAUCUCACUUCUAGACUCUUUUUACUCCUUAGAAAUUACUGGGACGAGUAAUUUAUUGUGUAAAAGUUUACUAAGUGUUCUGGUACACAGGGCUGAGCUGUAUCAUACCAAGCCUAACGCUGAUACUGUUGAAGUUUUAAACUGUACUGAACUUAUCAGAGGAAAAUGCCUAGGCUCAAACUCUUGCUCAGUUAAUAUCAAUGAUUGCAACGCACUUUUACCCGAUAAAAACGUUAAUCUUCAAUUCCUAAACUUACAAUACUCCUGCGAACCCUCAAAAGAGCCCAGGCCUAUAUAUGACGGCACAAAUUUUAGACAAGGGAUUUUUGGCGAUUUCCUAAUAAUUCCGGAUAGAAAUUCUGGUGACUCAAUUUAUCCUCUGCAUUCGUCUGUGCUCAGUAAACUCCUUCAAUCCUGCCUCAAAUCACAGCUUUGCACUUUUGUUACUUCCGACAAUAUUAUACACCAAGACGACUAUUUUACGAAGAGAGAUGAGGUGACUGGUCAUGUGUUUAUUAAGUCAAAUGCGUUUAAUUUAACGGGUUAUGCAGUGCUUUUAAACUUUACAGCAAUUUGUGAGAAACCUGUCUACUUAAAGCUUAAUUCCUUCUACGAAGUUGCCAACCAAGCGAAUUCACCAAUUUAUACCUGUUUCUCCUUAGGCUACACCCCUACAAAAUUGUUUAAUUUAAACCCUAAAGAAUCUUCAUGGCUCUGCAGAGGGUAAAAUUUACCAUUUAAUGUUCUUCAGGACACCCGCAAUCGUCCCAAUGCUAGGACACCUUACCGCCAUCAAAAUACUAACUAUA